UUUCUGCAAAGCCUCUCAUCAGCUCUCCUACUACACUGCCCCCUCGCGGUAGACGGCCGCCACGCCCCGGCAGGAACUGAUUCAAUGUCUUUCAGCUCCAACCCGCUUUCGCCGACUGUCGGGAUGUGACCCCGGAAACAGGACUCCUCAUCAGCAACAAUACACUCCAUUCAAAUAAAAACACAGAGAAGACACAUCUUAAACAGUAGUGGUCAAUUAACUCGAGCCAGUAAUGUAGGAGAGAAGUGGAUUCCAGUGUCCUGGAGUAAUCCCAGGUUACAGGCACUGGGGUGAUGAACAGCGACGCUGCCCCCGGGAAGACUCCUGAGGAGAUGUACAUCGAGCAGAAGGUGCGAGUCCUGCUCAUGCUGAAGAAGAUGGGAUCCAACUUGACCCCAAGUGAAGAAGCCUUUCUGCGGAGCUACUCCGGAGUAGUUAACAGCCAGCUGAGUCAGCUUCCACAGCACCCCAUCGACCAGGGUGCUGAGGACGUGGUGAUGGCUUUCUCCAGAUCUGAAACGGAGGACCGGAGGCAGUGAGUCACAGCGACGAAGCUUGACAGCACCAUCGCUGCAGAGGGGCGGGGCCAGCCGGGGGGGGGAGGAGGAUUCCAGAGCACAAACCAAUCACUCACCUUCCCCCUCCCUGACUUCCUGAACAGUGACGUCACAGCCAUCUGUCUGCGAUGGGCAGGCUUCUGCAGGACAAGUGAACGGACUAACCUGUUUUUUUGUUUUGCUUUUUUUGCUUUUGUUAUUGGCUGAAGGGAACAAAUCCCUGCAAUUCCGUUUGACUGUAUUAUUUAUUUGUUUAGUGGGUCAAUGGAUGGAAGGACUGUGAAAGUUGUGUGUGAGAUCCUGAACACAAAAAAGCACCUCUCCCUUUCCUCCCCAUGCCAUACAUGUCUGUGCUUCUCUGAUCCCAGUUGCAUUCUUUGCAUUUUUGUUCAAGGAUUUGGUUAAAGGAACUGGGCUAGGUUUGAUGCUGAUGGUGUGUUUUUGUUUGUUUUUUUAUAUGUAUUUUUAAAAAAAAAGCUGCGCUUGACAACAUAAUUCAGUUUAACUCAAAACAUCACACUAGAAGAGAUUAAUACCUGUGCCGCUGUCUUUUUAAGAUUGCUGUGUAUUGUAUAAUUAUUAAAUCUAUUGUACAGGAAAAAAAUAUGGAAAAUGAAUGAAGUGGUCCGUGCCAUGCUGAUGUGUUUUAGCCAUGCAGGAUUGAAACAGAGCAACCUCAAACUGAGGAGUUGUCUACGUGGUCUAAUUUAUUAUAAUCUUUUUUUUUAUUUUACUGUUCUAUGAUAGCAGUUUUUCCAUACGCAGUUGCGAAAGAAAUGCAAGCAAUUAACUAAAUAGGACAUACAUAACUGAAGCAGUGUUGGGGAACCUAGUUCUGAAACAAAUAUGCAAUACAAACUGGUUACUGUAGCUGUGAUUGUUUAACUCUAAAAGCAUACGCUGUUCAUUGGAACUCACCUUACGGAAUGUUUCUUACAGAACAUUCUUAGAUUGAUUUUUAACCCUGUUGUGUCCAGGAGACUCAAUUUCCCUACAUGGCAAUUAUUAUAAUGUGUGAAUGCUAAUAUCCUGUGAGUUUUAAGCAUCCCUUGCAAGUAUCAAGCCCUUAUAUAACUACAGAUCAGUGUUAGAUCUAUUUUUAAAACCCAGCCUUCAGAAGAGAUCUCUUUUUAUAUUAAAGCAAACUUGUGAUUUUGUACGUGCAGUGAAUAAGCUUGCUGUUUAACUGGAACGUUAUCUUUUAAGCUUCUUAGAAAUAUUACCCAAUUAAUGCUUUGUAUUUAAUGCGUUUUAUUUUUUGUUUUGUUAUUUUCUGUACUCUCCACAUUUCUAUUUCACUUUUAAAUAUGGGCAACUUUUAUGUUCUAAAAAGUACAUGCCUAGUUUGCUGUUUACAUUAUGGGCCUGUCUUAAACAGCAUUGUCUUUAUUCAUUGAAUUGUGGAUUUCCAUACCCAGUAGUUUUGGCCAAUAAUUAAUCUGUGCUCUAGAAGCGGAAUGCCAUCUGAACUGGAGCUUUUAAAAGGCACUGGAACUCAAAUAGAAUCAGCUGCCAGAACACCUGAUAGUAAAAGUAUCUGAUGCCAAUUCUGAUCACAUUUUACUGUUUUCAUUUCUGUAUUGAUUUGCUAUGCAUUGUUGUAUUUUUUUUUUAAUCACUCUUUAACAGAACUUCAAGUUUGAAAACAUGUACCUGUAUUUCUAGUCCUGCAUUGGCUGUACAAUUGUCGAAAUGUCUGUGUUUUUGAUUGAGCUAUGUAAUUUCUCUAUGAUCCCUUAGCCUCACUUUCAGAUAUUCGGUUUGGAAUGGGUGGUAAUAGUCCUAGGGGCAGAUGCCAAAAGCAUCUUUGCAGAAAAGGUAUUGUUUUAUUAGGUGUGGCUGGCUGCUGAGAAUGAAGCCAUGCUUCUAUCUGGGAUAAAGGCUUCCAACACUAUACUGCUACAUUAGCCCAUGAUCAUUAAUAUUUUAAUACAAUUGGCUUUGAUCACUCCAUGUGUUCGGUUAUUGAAUCCUUUCCAUCUUAAUGCAUUAAAUAACUUUUUCAAGUGACAGAAUCAAGUGAGAAGCCGUCCCUACCCCUUGAUUUGUAGGGAUGCCAGAAGCCGUCCCUACCCCUUGAUUUGUAGGGAUGCCAGAAGCCGUCCCUACCCCUUGAUUUGUAGGGAUGCCAGAAGCCGUCUCUACCCCUUGAUUUGUAGGGAUGCCAGAAGCCGUCCCUACCCCUUGAUUUGUAGGGAUGCCAGAAGCCGUCCCUACCCCUUGAUUUGUAGGGAUGCCAGAAGCCGUCCCUACCCCUUGAUUUGUAGGGAUGCCAGAAGCCGUCCCUACCCCUUGAUUUGUAGGGAUGCCAGAAGCCGUCCCUACCACUUGAUUUGUAGGGAUGGCAGAAGCCGUCUCUACCCCUUGAUUGGUAGGGAUGGCAGAAGCCAUCAUUUGGUUUGAUUCCCAUGUGGAGAGAUGGAGUUGACUUCAGUGUUAGCAUGCUAGGAUGGAAAGGUUUGAAACUGGUCGCCACAUGGAAAAGGGCAAUGUUUUUUGUUUGUUUUUGCCAGUUAUUUUAUCACUGACAUUAAAGGGAGAAACAGAAAAUGGAA